UAAUCAUUCUAUAAAAUGAGCCGAUUGUGUGGCACAGUAGACAUUAUGAGCAAAGGCGAACAGGUGUAAUUAAGGUGAUUAAUUAGCUUCCAUUAACUCAGAAAGUAGUAUCAAAAGAAGAAUCUCACUCCAACAAAAUAGAGAGAGAAGACAUGGCAACGGAGGGCUCAUACGAGGAUGCCAUUGCUGGGCUCACAAAUCUUCUCAGCCAGAGAUCCGACCUCGGGGACGUCGCCGCCGCAAAAAUCAAGCAGAUAACGGCCGAGCUACAGGCUGCCGGCUCGACAGGGUUCGACCCGGUUGAGAGGAUCAAAACCGGGUUCACCCACUUCAAGAAAGAGAAAUACGAGAAGAAUCCAGAAUUAUUCAGUGCACUUUCCAGAGGACAGAGUCCCAAGUUUCUGGUGUUCGCAUGCUCUGAUUCAAGAGUUUGCCCCUCGCACAUCCUGGAUUUCCAACCAGGGGAGGCCUUUAUUGUCCGAAACAUCGCAAACAUGGUUCCACCUUACGACCUGAAAAAAUACGCUGGAAUGGGAGCGGCCAUCGAAUAUGCUGUGCUUCAUCUAAAGGUAGAAAAUAUAGUGGUGAUUGGACACAGCCGCUGUGGAGGUAUUAAAGGGCUCAUGUCUAUCCCGGAUGAUGGGACCAUUGCCAGUGAAUUCAUAGAAAAUUGGGUCCAAAUAUGUUCACCAGCAAAGUCUAAGGUGAAGACAGAAUCGAGCAGUUUACCUUUUGACGAUCAGUGCACUACCUGCGAGAAGGAGGCUGUGAAUGUAUCCCUAGGGAAUUUACUGACAUACCCAUUUGUGAGAGAAGCUGUGGUGAACGACACUGUGUCACUCAAGGGCGCACACUAUAAUUUCAUUAAUGGAAGUUUCGAGCUUUGGGAUCUCGACUUCAAAGUCUCACCAUCUCUAGCAGUUGUUUGAUCCAUCCCUCAGUUUCUCAACAAAAACCAGAACUACUUGACGACAAGUUCAAUUCAGUUCUCCAAAUAGUAAUAUAGUUGGUGUUCUUUUUGUCAUGAAUAAGUAACGUAAUCCCAUCGACUUUGCUGUUUAAUUAUUUGUAAAAAAAAAUGAAGACAGGGAACAUUUCUUUGAAGGUUGCGUUAUUUGAUUUCCUGUGUUCUUAAAUUUGGUUCUUCUCAAAGUGUAUAUUUAAUUUCAUGAUAUUAAGAUGGCAUUUCGUCUUCCAAAAA